AUGGGGCGCUGGUGCGUCGGCAGCAACUCAGUGCGAGAGAGCCACUUUCGAGGCAGUGCCGGCUUCCUAUUCUGUCCGCAGAAGCAUCAUGGUGCGCAGCCAGAUAAGAUGCAGGUGUGGUGCCGUUUCGACGAGGAGACGAAGAAGUGGAAGAAGGAUGAGGAGAUCAGCAUCGCAUCGGAAUACGUUGACGAGGUGGCCGAGAGCCGUGCUGCUAAAAAGGCGAGAGGCAAAGCCGCCGCGAAGAGCAAAGGGCGCGGAGGCCGCGGCAAAGGUCGGGGGAAGCAGAAAGCCGAGUCGAAAGCAGCUCCGAAAGCCCGGCCAGCCGCUCCUUUCCGCGGAGAGGCGCGCCCUCCUCCUCCGGUAUUGCGGCCCAACCAUGGCAUGACACGCGCCAAGGCACUCUCGAUUCUUGGCUUCGAGCCACAGCAGCCAGUUACUGCACAGGCUCUCCGCAAAGCCUACCGCAGCCAAGCUCUGCGCUGGCAUCCGGAUCGCCAUAGCGAUGCUGGAGCCAAGCAGGAAGCCAACCAGAAGUUCGUCGAGCUCCGCAAUGCUCUGGAGCUUCUGGAGGCUGACUUGAUUCCCCUGCGGCUGAUGCAGGCCUUCGAACCAGAUGCUCCCUGA